AUGAGAUUAAAAUUCACUAUCUCCAAGAAAGAAAUUGGAGUGAUGUUCUGUGCCUUAUACCUCUCUGUUAUCUGUACGGAAGGGCCUGAUAGAAUUAGAGAAUUGAUUGCUAUAGGUGCAUCCUUUGAUCAUGGGGAAGAUGGAAACUUGCACUUGGCAAGGGAGGGGGGCCACUCCCAUCUUAGAAUUGUUCAUGCAGCUGAUGUGACUGGAAGGGAGAUUGAGCGGGCUCUGCUAGAAGCAGUUGUCAAUAACCCCAAUAUCUCUGUUUUUGAACACCACUUUGCAAUAGAUCUGCUAACUUCUCAGGAUGGUCUUAACACAGUUUGCCAUGGUGUUGACACUUUAAAUACUGAAACAGAAGAGGUUAUACGAUUUAUCUCAAAGGUGACCUUACUAGCAUCAGGCAGGGUUGGGCAUAUCUAUCUGUCACCAACAAAUCCUCCAGUGGCCUUUGGAGAUGGAAUGGCUAUGGCCCACCGAGCUGAAGCAGUGAUUACUAAUAUGGAGUUUGUUCAGUUCCACCCAACUGCCUUGGCUGAUGAAGGCCUCCCCAUCAAACCACCAACACGUAGGGAAAACGCAUUUCUCAUCACUGAAGCCGUCAGGGGUGAUGGAGGCAUCCUUUACAACUUGGGCAUGGAACGGUUCAUGCCCCUGUAUAAUGAAAGAGCUGAGCUUGCUCCUAGGGAUGUGGUGGCAAGAGGCAUAGAUGACCAGCUUCAGCAGCAUAAUGAGAAGUGUGUGCUACUCGAUAUAAGUCACAAGCCUGGAGAGAAGAUCCUCUCACAUUUUCCCAACAUAGCCGCUGAAUGCCUCAAGUAUGGUCCAGACAUAACCUGCCAUCCAAUCCUAGUGAUUCCUGCUGCACAUUACAUGUGUGGGGGAGUCCAAGCUGGGCUCCUGUAUGUGGCAGGUGAGCUUGCAUGCACAGGUUUGCAUGGAGCAAACCAGCACGCUAGCAAUUCUUUGCUAGAGGCAUUAGUUUUUGCACGAAGGACUGUCCAGCCUUCUAUUGAUCACAUGAAGAGCUCUAGCCUUGAUCUUAUUUCUUUGAGUUAUUGGACCUGUCCAAUUGUGCCAAAGUCACUUGGGAGUAAUAUAAUGCACAAUAUUUUGAGGAAAACGAGGGAAGUGAGAGAAGAACUGCAGUCAAUCAUGUGGAAGCAUGUGGGAAUUGUUCGGUCUACAGCAAGGCUAAACAGUGCAGAGAAAAAAAUAGCUCAUUUGGAGGCAAAAUGGGAGUCAUACUUGUUUGAACAAGGGUGGAAGCAAACAAUGGUUGGGCUUGAGGCUUGUGAAAUGAGGAACUUCUUUUGCUGUGCAAAGCUGGUAGUGAGCAGCGCCCUCGCUAGGCAAGAAAGUCGUGGACUUCACUACACCACUGAUUUUCCGCAUGUUGAAGAAAGUAAGAGACUCCCAACCAUUAUCUUCCCUUCACCUGUAAAUAGCACAUGGAGUUCAAGACAACUACGCAAGCUGCCUGUUUGUUAGCAACUGCACAAUCUGUUUCUAAAUACAACCUGCUGAAAGUUAUUCUUCACCCAGCACUCCAUUUUUUUUAAUGAAGAAAUCUGCAGUACAAGGCAAGAACUGAAGUUUUCCUUGCCGCUUUGGAGAAACUACAUUAGGUUAUUUUAUUUGAAACAAUGUUUCAGUUUUAAUCUAA